CCGAGCUUGGGGUAGCUCCUGCAGGUCUCCUCAUUGAAAUAGCGACCGGCAGCCACCCGAAAUAGCCUGUCUUACAAAGUUUUGAGACCUUAAUCCAUCUUAUCAUCAUCGCCAUAUUUUGCCUCUUUUUCCAGUCUGCAAGUAUUUGCACAUCACUUUGCUUCCUCCUCAUUUCAUUCAAUUUCGCCCAAUUCGAAGACGAUGGUGUCCCUAUGGUCCCUCGCCUCGGCGACGCUACUCAUCGCGCGAGCUGCCAAUGCCCACUUCACUCUUACUUCCCCCAGUCCUAUAGGAACCUUUGAUGAGGACGAGGAAGACAACGCUCCCUGCGGCGGCUACACACCGGACUUCUCGUCACAGACUCCGACCGAUUUCCACGUCGGUGGCGAUUCCAUUGUUACCUUGUCAACGCACCCUCAGACCACGUGGCUGUACCGCAUCACCACGGAUGAGACCGCCAACGGGAACUGGUCUGAAAUCUACCCCAUCUGGCUACAAAGCGGCCAGGGGACUAUGUGCAUUCCUUCUGUCAUCAUCAACGAAAGCUACGUGGGCCAGAAAGUUGUGCUGAGCGUCGUUGGCAACGGACCCGACGGUAUUCUUUACCAGGCAUGUUCUAUUUCUAUCCGACUUGAGUAUAGCCCUACUAGAAUCGGCUUGGCUAACUGAUGUCGCUAACUUGUAGUGCGCCAACCUCAACCUCGUCGCCGGCGCUGGCUCCACACCAAGCUCUUGCUCCAACAAAACUGGUACGAGUGGA